GCCAGAGGAGAAACUCCAUUGACCUGUCAUCUUACCUGUACCUCUUUGUUUAUCGGUCAGAUCUUUGACGUUGGGGAGAGUCUGAUGGUGCCAGAUGAGUUCACCGCAGAGGAGAAGAAGACUGGGAUGUGGUGGCGACACCUAGUGGCUGGAGGAGCAGCUGGCGCCGUGUCUCGAACCUGCACCGCACCUCUGGACCGGCUCAAAGUGCUCAUGCAGGUAAGGACACUCCCUUUGAGAAGAUAUGUCAAGAACUGACCUCACGCAAAAGGGACAAGAACUCAGUUAUUUGUGUUCACACUGCAAGUGAAACCGGAUCCCCUUUUAAUGCAACAAUUAUUAGUUCACUUUAACGUUAAACAGCCAGUCAGGAUUUUGGCUCACAUUAAAAACAAGCUUGAAGAGACCCCACCUCUACCUUAAACAGUAGUAAUAUCACGUAUCUAUGUGUUAGUCCUAUAGACGGGUUGGUCGUUUAGCAACAAAACCAACGCGUGCGCAACUAUGGAGCAAAACAGACUGGGUUGGCUUAGAUUGUUGACAACAUGUAAACUAUGUUUCGUCUCCAGUGUUUCUUGAAAACAUAAAUACAUUUGCACAAUGAGCACUUGUUGUCUCGCAUACAUCAUUAAAGUUGUUGGUUAGCUAGCUAGUGAAUUUUUUGCCAUAUUAGCAUAGAUGUGACAUCAGUCAAAACACCUCAAAACAACACAUGUUGUUAUUAAGAACAAGAUAAAACUAGCUGAAACGAGCCACCUACGAUUCCCUACAUGGCAGCUUAUUGUCAUUGUUGCUAGCUAUCUGGCCAUCCAGAAUCACAACAACACACAGACUUCUGACGUUGUCAGCUAACCCAUCUAUGGCAGAGAGCCAAUUGCAUAAGGUCUGUCCUUAGGACACCGUUUCUGCUAGCAUGUGCAAUUCCACUGAUAUGAUGCACCAGGGAUUGAGACACAGAUGGGUGACAUGGCAGAGUAGGAGGCAGAGUUCAGCUUUCUCACAUUACAUUUUUUAUUCAACCUUAUUUAUCCAGGUAGUAUCAUUGAGAUAAAAUAUAUUUUUCAAGAGCAACCUGGUCCAACCAAGACAGCAGCAGGGGGGAACAAUGUUUCAGCCAAUUAUCAGACGUAUACACGCCAUAAACACAUGUAUAGAUGUAGACAAACAUUAUAAUGACAUCCUCAGAUCAAUCCCUAAGGCGCCAGCCCGAGCACACCCUCGUGUUGUAACGUGAUUGGGUGGAAGAGAGCCAAUGCGAGGGAAUGUUCAUGCAUGUCUGUUGGUCAGUGAUGUCAGCAGCGCUCGUGUGUUCCAUCAGCAGAAGCAGACUGGCAUAGAUAACAGCACGGAGUUUGUCCCUCUUUCUUUUUCUCUAUCUGUUCAUCCCUCGUUCUCUAUCUGUGUUUUUCACUCACAUCCAGUUUUUUAUGAGCAGAGAUAGAAAUUCUCAUUCAUUAUUGCAUAAGCAGGGUAAGUACAAUAAUGGCAAAUGACAUGAAAAUAUGAACGAUGACUUAACAUUCCAUCAACAUUUAUAAGGGGAUUUGAUAAGGAGUAGGAGGAUGUGAAGUUGCAUCCAGUUCCUCCCUGUUACCAGUCAGUUCAAUAACUUGACUUCACAGGCAACAUGGUGUUGACUAAAUAACGUGUCUCUCGGUUUGGUGUCCAGGUCCACGCCACCCGUACCAACAGCAUGUGCAUCGCCGGCGGCUUCACCCACAUGAUCCGCGAGGGCGGCAUGAGGUCACUAUGGCGAGGCAACGGCAUGAACGUCAUCAAGAUCGCCCCCGAGUCGGCCAUCAAGUUCAUGGCUUACGAGCAGGUAAACCUAUCAUUCAGCACCCUUACUUUGACAUGACGGGACCCUUUCUAGUGUUGUCAAUUGAAGCCAAUGAAAUAUUUGGUAUCAACAGCUCUGUCGUUUACUGUCCUUCGGGCAAAAAAUUACUCCUUCAGACUCUGUCUAGAAACAUACCCCGAGGAAAUAUUUUAAGCAACUGUCACUUAACAAGUUUGUCUUAACUAGGUCCUCAUGGCGUAGUAGUUGAACUCAAAUGCUCUUCAGGACUGACACUAACCAGAGUUGUUGUGGUGUUGUCCAGAUCAAACGGUUGAUAGGCAGCAACCAGGAGACCCUGGGCAUCCUGGAGAGGUUUGUGGCUGGAUCCCUGGCUGGAGCCAUAGCUCAGAGCAGCAUCUACCCUAUGGAGGUGUUGAAGACCCGCCUAGCCCUGAGGAAGACAGGACAGUUCUCUGGCAUCGCUGACUGCGCCAAACACAUCUUCCGGAAGGAGGGCAUGGCAGCCUUCUACAAGGGCUACAUUCCCAACUUGAUAGGCAUCAUCCCCUACGCUGGCAUUGACCUGGCCGUCUACGAGGUGGGUGUGUGUGUGUGUGAGUGAAUGGAGGGAAUCUAAAGGAAGUUGUUUAAUAUUAUUUUAGUCUCACUGUCAUUCUUAUCUCUCGUUCCCACACAUCUACUUUCUCUACAACUAACCUCAUUGUCUAUUUCUUUCUCCCUUCUCCUCCCUCCCUCCAUCCAUCCAGACUCUGAAGAACUCAUGGCUGCAGCGCUACGCCACAGACAGUGCAGACCCGGGGGUGUUCGUCCUGUUAGCCUGCGGUACCACCUCCAGCACCUGUGGUCAGUUGGCCAGCUAUCCCCUGGCCCUGGUCAGGACCCGCAUGCAGGCACAAGGUACGCUCACUGCCAAUUUCUCUUUGGAGUUUCAUUAGAUCACUUGCACAGAAUUAAUUGGUGACAGUGUUGGUUCAUGGACCCACCAAAAUCAGUGGUACAAUGGAAUGUGUUAAUCGGGGAUGCAUAAAUACGUCUGUCUCCGUAAUUGGUAGUGGGGUACAUGGGAAGUGUAUUUUAUAACAGAUAUUAUAUAUAUAUAUAGUUGCCAUAUCAGAUAGUUGACAUUGACUUAGUUUCCAGACCGGUGCAUCCCUAGUGUUGAUGUGUAUCUCUUGUCUCUCAUCUAACUUCCUCUCAUGUUGUGUCCCCUCAGCCACCAUCGAGGGCGGUCCCCAGAUGACCAUGUCGGGUCUGUUUAAACAUAUCGUGAAGACUGAGGGUGUGUUCGGACUCUACCGGGGCCUGGCCCCCAACUUCAUGAAGGUCAUUCCAGCGGUCAGCAUCAGCUACGUGGUCUACGAGAACCUCAAGAUAAGCCUGGGGGUUGUGUCUCGGUGA